ACGGAUUUAAAAUAAGGCCUCUUUUAGGACACUGGCACUGAUCACGUUCUAAAACUUCCGCAUAAUUAGAUAACACAUCAGGAAACGUGAAUAUCUUAUCUGCCAAAUGCCGUUAGUUGUUUGACGCUCAUCAAACCAGCAGUAACCAUGGUCUUCUUCCCAAUAGGCCUCUAUCUGGCAGUGGGAACGGCACAUGCGUUUUUAGAACAUGCUUCUUCCUCUUCCUAUGUUUACAACAGCUUUGGUUCCAACAGCAACCUACAGAGUCAACAGCAAGUUAAUGGAUAUAAUCGAUGUUCAUACUGCCAUUACCACGGAUGGUGUUACAUGCACAAUCAACAUAUGUACUGCCACUGUGACGACACUCAUGAGGGGACAUUUUGUGAACAUGUGAAGGUAUCUACAGCAGUCACAAGCGUGCCUCAAGCUAACACAUGUACCGGACAUACUUGCAACGGUCACGGAACUUGCAUAGUAGUUAAUCACAAUCUGAACUGCUUGUGUGACAACACACACGAGGGAACGUACUGCGAACAACCGAAGACGGACUCAACACAUACAAGUUGUGACAGAAGCUACUGCAAUGACCAAGGCAAUUGUGAGAACAUCAAUGGUAUUAAGCAGUGUCAAUGCGAUUAUCUUUUCGCGGGCGACCGGUGUGAUCUUACAGAUUUUUGUCUGCAACAACACUGUGAACAUGGCUCCACAUGCGAGAUCACGCACACUGCCCCGAACUACUUCCAAUGCAUAUGUCCUCAAGGAUACACGGGAACGUUCUGCGAAAAACACACGUUUGCACCAUUACCGGUCACGAUACACGCACCUGUCACAACACAUAAACCAUCAACCACAACCACCACAACUACCCAAAAACCUACUACAACGACUUCCACAACAACUUCCACAACAACUACCACAACAACUACCACAACAACUGCUCCUACGACGACGCAGGCAUAUGUGUUCAACUCCUGCAUGAAGUUUGCUGUGAUCACUACCGUAGCCCGUAAUGCAUCUGUUGAUAUUGCUGGCGCGCCGGCAUGUCCCGACGGCUCCCAUACAUCGUCGGAGGCUUUCCCUCUCUCCACGUGCAAUGUGCCACAACCUGCUGACUGGAAACAAGGAAAACGCGUGAUGGAUGACUGUGCCAGUAUCCCGGCCUAUACGCCCAUCGCAACCUUCCUCUCAGGCAACUAUCCCGUGGGCCAGGGAUUGGCUGGAGUCUUCCUCGAGUGUCUCAACCCUGGAUUCAAGAUGGCUUUGCAGAGCUGUGUUCACUCCCCUGUGAUUAUCCACGUGGAAAGUGGCACUUUGACGGACCCAAACAUCUAUUACACGAUCCAGUAAACUUUCCGCUGGCAGAACUUUAAGCUUAAAGCAUUGCUCAUCAGAUUGAUGAUGUUUUGAAAUUGUCAAAAUAAAUUCCAGAUUCUGUAAAA